AGGUAAAACGAAAAUGUGGUUCUAUGUAUUCGUGGGAUUUAUUCAGUUUUAUCUGGUGAUUUGGCGGCGGAAAAUCCUCCAGCCAAUUUUCGACGUGUACCAUCGGGAAGGACGAUGGUAUCCAUUGAAGUACGCCUUCAUGCUUUCGGUCGUGACGCUGAGACGAUGGAAAGCGAGACGGAACAACGAAGUUGUCAGUCCCAAGUAUGACUUGGAUCCUCUGAAGCCCCUCCAAGAUCAUCCGAAGGCUAUCGAUGCGACGUAUAUAAAUGCAGCCAGUCACGAUGGAAAAUACCUCGUCGUUGGAACUGCGAGACGCCCUCAUGGGGUGCUCAACUCAUUUCUGGUUGUCAAGAUCCCUGGAGUAGGUUUGCUGGAAUCACCAAAAAUUCCAGACACAAUGCUGUUUCAAGAUGAAACCGCGUCCCCGUAUUUCGGUGCUGAAGGCAUUUCACUGACCAUGCUGAAGCCAUUGGAGGAAUGGGCUGUGAAUUACGACGGCAAAAUGCGCCUCCGUACUUCCGACGGAGAACGGAGUUGCACGAUUCAACUCCGAGCCAGGUGGGUCGGAAAACCGACAUGUUUCGACUUCGACACGGAUUUGCCAGUCACAACGAUUGCCCGCAACAUCAGCAAAGAACCUUGGAGUCGCGAGUAUUUCCAGAUCCUCAAGGAAAGGACUGUUUCCGGACUAGAUGAUCUGUCCGAAGAAUACGUGGAGCUCAGCAGAUCAAUCGAGGUCGGUCGGAUGGGGUCCGGAAAAGAACUAGCAUUCUUGGUAUGGUAUUUACUCGUCAUUCGAUUACAAAAUAAAUUCGUGUCACCGUCGACCUCGAAGAAACUCACCCAACUAUACCGACUGAAGCACGCUUUCAGAGUGAUGACAUCGGUACAGAAACUGAAGAACAGUGCUAAUUUUUUCUUCAAUCCUCGCUACAGGUCUCAUCAAUCGCACAUCGAGCAAAUGGGCCGAAUUAGAGGCACUAUCGUGGUUGACGGGGUUACACACACGCUGGACCUGGAUGCGUUCAGGGACCGAAGCCACGGAAAGUUCCGCGAGUGGAAGAAUAUUCACCGGUACGCCUUCAAUCUGUAUCAUCUGGAGGAUGGGUCGCAUUUCCAGGCUGCUUUCAUUUCGCACGUCAGCACUUGCUCGCAGUACGUAAUUAUGUGA